AUGACCAAAGCAGGUAUUAUGGAAGAAAUGAUUAGCGAUGCAUUCAAUAUUGGUAACGAAGAGCUCGAAGAAGAAGCUGAACUUGAAGUUAAUAAAAUUAUGGACGAAAUUCUUACUUCAGGUCCAUCUGUUUCAACUACAAAUCCAUUAGGAACAGAACAAGUAGAGGUAGAAGAAAAAGAAGAUGACAGUGAAUUACUUUCACGUUUAAAUGCCCUAAAAUCAUAG